AGCCGCAGACUGCCGCACGUAUGUCCGGGUCUGGGCUUCUCCCUCCUCGGAGAGGCAGCGCCAGUUGUUGGCCAAAAAUAAACACCAUUCCUCAACCAUAUAUGUCCACCAGUCCAGAGCUGGGGAGGAGCAGCGGGAGGUAGGUCAGGUCCCUGGGCUCCAGCCACACUCCACGUGGCCGCGGCGCACCAUGCACAUCACCCAGCUCAACCGCGAGUGUCUGCUGCACCUCUUCUCCUUCCUGGACAAGGACAGCAGGAAGAACCUCGCCAGGACCUGCCCCCAGCUCCAGGACGUGUUUGAGGACCCUGCACUCUGGCCCCUGCUGCACUUUCGUUCCCUCACAGAACUCAAGAAGGACAACUUCCUCCUGAGCCCGGCGCUCAGGAGCCUCUCCAUCUGCUGGCACUCCAGCCGCGUGCAGGUGUGCAGUAUCGAGGACUGGCUCAAGAGCGCCCUCCAGAGGAGCAUCUGCAGCCGGCACGAGAGCCUAGUCAAUGAUUUCCUCCUCCAGGUGUGCGACAGGUGCCCCAACCUGGCUUCCGUCACGCUGUCGGGCUGCGGCCACGUCACCGACGACUACCUGGCGCGCCUGCUGCGCUGCUGCCCGCGCCUGCGCGCGCUGCGCCUGGAGAACUGCGCGCGCGUCACCAACCGCACGCUGACGGCCGCGGCGGCGCACGGGCGCGCGCUGCAGACGCUGCACGUGGACUUCUGCCGCAACGUGAGCGCGGCCGGCCUGCGCCGCCUGCGCGCCGCGUGCCCGCGCCUGACGCUGCGCGCCGAGCACAGCGCGGCCAUGAUCCCUGACCAGCUGCCGCGCGCCCCUCGCGCGCCCGGCGCCGCCCUCCGCAAGCUGCUUCCCCACUAGGCCCGCGGGGAACCUGGGCCCCCGGGCGGAAGCAGCUGCCUGGCUUGAACUGCAGCUCCCAGACAGCCGCCACAUCCUCAGCCAAAAUGGGGAUACGAGCGCCUACCCCACGUUGCGAUUUUAUUCAUUGAGUGCGAAAUUUGGUGGCCAGAUGCUUGGAAAACGCUCGGGUGUCUCUCACUGAACACCAGCACCCUUCCGUGGCCCUCCGGCGCACCCGGUUCUCCCAGGCGCUGCCCGCAGGUGCGGGAGGACCUACCCCAUCCUCCCCCCACCCCCGAAGCUGCAGCUGGGGAGUCUAAAUGACCCCCGUGGGAAGG